UUAGACCGCCUCCGUCUAGAAAUGGUGAUUAUCUUGGAAAUGAAUGGGAGAAUGACAUCGUUACUGUUACAGACCUUGCCUAAAUUGCGCUGAUGGUAUCCUGUUCAGUUCAUUUCCUGAUGUCAUUUGUACAUAUUUUAUUUUUGUUUACAGAGUUUUUGUUCUUUCAACGAUAUACGGCUCUGCGAAUUUCUCUGUAACAUUGGUUCCUGUUGCUUAUCCGGUGGUUAUGAGGAAAGUUCAGGAGGUGGAAGGCGGAAAAUGUGCUUUGAGAAUGGCCGUGAAGAAGGCUGGCCCUGUGGUGACUGACAACGGAAAUUUUAUUGUUGAUUGGACGUUUCAGAGCCCUUUACUGCCUCCGUUAUUAGACGCUUUGAAUAUCCGCUUAAAAAUGAUCCCAGGGGUUGUUGAAACAGGCUUAUUCUUAAAUAUGGCAAAAAGAGGAUAUUUUGGAAUGCUUGACGGUACGAUAGCUACAGUUGACUCCAAGUCAAACCAACACUGA